CCCGUCCCGCCGCGCCCUGGACUCCCUGGCUGAUUUGCAUGUGGCCCUGCGUGCCCGUUUCGCUCACCUCCGCGCGGGGAGAAGUGGACGCCUGUUCUCCCUCCCCCUGUCUGCGCCGCGCUCAGGCAGACCCACAGGGCUGCAGGCCACCCGGGGUCCCGGCCCCUAUCCGGCUGUCACUCCCUGGAACUCAGCUGACCUUGUGGCCCUGGAAGCUUGGAGCAGAUGGGUUUGCAAAGGCCAGGGGUCACUGCCCGAAGACCCUAGAUGCCGCUCUAGAGCAUGAGCUCUGGCAAGAGCGCCCGCUACAGCCGCUUCUGCACUCCAGACUGCACUGCUGCGACCAGAAUGGAAACGACCUUCGGGCCUGCCUUUUCGGCCGUCACCACUGUCGCGAAAGCGGACGGAGCCGGCACGUACAAGCAGCACCGCAGGACGCCUUCCUCCUCCAGCUCUCUGGCCUACUCCCCGCGAGAGGAAGAGGACAGCAUGCCCCCCAUCAGCACUCCCCGCCGCUCCGACUCCGCCAUCUCUGUGCGCUCCCUACACUCCGAGUCCAGCAUGUCCCUGCGCUCCACGUUCUCGCUGCCCGAGGAGGAGGAGGAGCCGGAGCCGCUGGUGUUUGCAGAGCAGCCCUCCGUGAAGCUGUGUUGCCAGCUGUGCUGCAGCGUGUUCAAGGACCCCGUGAUCACCACGUGCGGGCACACGUUCUGUAGAAGAUGUGCCCUCAAGUCAGAGAAGUGUCCCGUGGACCACGCCAAGCUGACGGUGGUGGUGAACAACAUCGCGGUGGCCGAGCAGAUCGGGGAGCUCUUCAUCCACUGCAGGCACGGCUGCCGGGUGGCGGGGGGCGGGAAGCCCCCCGCCUUCGAGGUGGACCCCCGAGGGUGCCCCUUCACCAUCAAGCUCAGCGCCCGCAAGGAGCACGAGAGCAGCUGCGACUACAGGCCUGUGCGGUGCCCCAACAACCCCGGCUGCCCCCCGCUCCUGACGAUGAACCUGGAGGCCCACCUCAAGGAAUGCGAGCACAUCAAGUGUCCUCACUCCAAGUACGGAUGCACGUUCAUCGGGAACCAGGACACGUACGAGACGCACCUGGAGACGUGCCGCUUCGAGGGCCUGAAGGAGUUCCUGCAGCAGACGGACGACCGCUUCCACGAGAUGCACGUGGCGCUGGCCCAGAAGGACCAGGAGAUCGGCUUCCUGCGCUCCAUGUUGGGCAAGCUCUCCGAGAGGGUGGACCAGCUGGAGAAGAGCCUGGAGCUCAAGUUCGAUGUCCUGGAUGAGAACCAGAGCAAGCUCAGCGAGGACCUCAUGGAGUUCCGCAGAGACGCGUCCAUGCUGAAUGACGAGCUGUCCCACAUCAAUGCGCGGCUGAACAUGGGCAUCCUAGGAUCCUACGACCCUCAGCAGAUCUUCAAGUGCAAAGGGACCUUCGUGGGCCACCAGGGCCCCGUCUGGUGUCUCUGUGUCUACUCCAUGGGUGACCUGCUCUUCAGCGGCUCCUCCGACAAGACUAUCAAGGUGUGGGACACGUGCACCACCUACAAGUGCCAGAAGACCCUCGAGGGCCACGAUGGCAUCGUGCUGGCGCUCUGCAUCCAGGGGUGCAAACUCUACAGUGGCUCCGCAGACUGCACCAUCAUCGUGUGGGACAUCCAGAACCUGCAGAAAGUGAACACCAUCCGGGCCCACGACAACCCCGUGUGCACCCUGGUGUCUUCCCACAACAUGCUCUUCAGCGGCUCCCUGAAGGCCAUCAAGGUCUGGGACAUCGUGGGCACAGAGCUGAAGCUGAAGAAGGAGCUCACAGGCCUCAACCACUGGGUGCGGGCCCUGGUGGCUGCCCAGAGCUACCUGUACAGCGGCUCCUACCAGACAAUCAAGAUCUGGGACAUCCGGACCCUGGACUGCAUCCACGUCUUGCAGACGUCCGGGGGCAGCGUCUACUCAAUCGCGGUGACGAAUCACCACAUCGUGUGCGGCACCUACGAGAAUCUCAUCCACGUGUGGGACAUUGAGUCCAAGGAGCAGGUGCGGACCCUAACGGGCCACGUGGGCACAGUGUACGCCCUGGCGGUCAUCUCCACACCAGACCAGACCAAAGUCUUCAGUGCGUCCUACGACCGGUCCCUCAGGGUCUGGAGCAUGGACAACAUGAUCUGCACACAGACCCUGCUGCGUCACCAGGGGAGUGUGACGGCGCUGGCCGUGUCCCGGGGCCGGCUCUUCUCAGGGGCUGUGGACAGCACCGUGAAGGUGUGGACUUGCUAACAGAAGCCAGGCCGGGCUGGGCUUCUUCUGGGCUGCUCUGGCGCUGUCCGAGCCAGGCUGGCCACACGGCGUGGGCUCUGGGUAUCUGCCUGCCCUGGGGGACGGGGGACAGGCUCAGGCAGCCGUCAGCAGCCUUCUCGCCCUGUGCUCACUGCUGCCAGGACAGUGCCCAGGCCCCCCUCUCCGGGUGCCAUGUACGACACUCCUCGGCCCACCCCUCCCCGGGUACCCUGGGCCGUUUUACUCAGCUUUUGUACUGUUCUUAGGCUCUACACAGAUUUGAUCACUCCCGACUGAAAUAAAGGCUGCACUGAC